AUGGAAAGCUUGGCUGUGCAGCGCCAGAUCCGUGAGAAUGCCUCGUACUUGCAGGAUUACUUUUCAGACAUGAGCGCAUGGGAGAAAUCCAUGGCCAAGAAGGAGCAACAGCUCCAAGGAUCCAAGCGAUCCGCCGCGCCAGUCCGCCGUGCAGUGGCCAUGAGCGUGCGCGGGUCCGACGGCUCAGUGUCCAUCCAGCACCCUCUGAAUGCCACCAUCGACACCCCAACCAAGCCGAUGAAGGCACCAUCCCAACACGUGUACGACAAGGGAUACAAGAAAUGGGACUCGUUCGAUGUUGUACGAUGCUGCUCUGAAGGAAGUGGACACACCGAGCGUCACUCCCAGCAAGGCGAAGAGGAUCCCGAGGAAGCACCCCCCGCGCGUCCAACCUCAACUCGUCCCAAGAAAGCUGUGACGGCUACCCCGAAGAAACCAUCGCCGUCGCCAGUCAAUGCGCCGCGCGACCUGUUGGAGAAGGAGGACGGGAACAUGCACUUCAAGCAGGGCGAGUUUGCAGCGGCAGUCAACUGCUACUCUCGGUCGCUGAGCUACAACCCCAGGAACCCCAUCGUGCUAUCGAAUCGCGCGAUGGCCCAUCUCAAGCUCCAGCAGUUCGGGAAGGCGGAAGCGGACUGUACGGCGGCGCUGGCGGUGGAUGGCGGGCACGUCAAGUCACUUGUGCGUCGGGCGAGCGCUCGCAACGCUCUGGGUAAGCACCACGCCGCGUUCGCCGACUUGGAAAUUCGUCCAUCGACAUUCCCCUCUGCCCAAUUCUCCGAGACCCACCUUGUCACGAUCCGACACAUGUGUUCCGCUCUCGAGGAACAAGAAGCCUGGAGCUUGAUCCACGCGCUGGUGCCUCCAGCGCAGCCCCACCUGGUUGAAAGCUUUGCUCGCCAUGGCGAGAAUCCUGGGCAAGACAUUGCGGUUCAAGCGCAAUCGCUUGCUUCCGAGCGCGAUGCCGCGCUACAAGAAGUUGCCGACCUCAACGCUCGAGGACGUGCUCUGGAGGACACCCUCCAUUACACGACUGCGCGUAUGUCCGCGCAGACAGCCUCGAAGCCGAAGCAACGCGCCGUAAAGCUCGAAUUCCCCAAGUAUGGAGGACUUGCCUCCCACCAACUGCUUCGUUGUAUCAAGCAAGUUAGUCGUGCCGCGGAUGCUAUGAACAUCGAUGACGAUGAGAUCUGCGUGUCUUCGCCAUGUCGCACCUUACUUGUCGCAGCGUUCCUGCUAGCGAACAGCGACUUCCGGUACCGCGCGGAGUACCUAUCUGCCAGGCAAGGCAAGCGCUCUAUUCGUGAGUACGUCCACGAUCUGCGCUUCCUUGCGUCCUAUGUCACCCAGAAGUCUUCGCUCUCCGAGAGACUAAGCUUUUUCGGACAUAUUCUUCGACAGUCGAAGAUGCCGUCCGCGCUGGCCGAAGAGUUUUCGGUUCUCCAAUCGCGCACCACGACCAAGACCCGCGACCGACAUGACAUGGAGGUCUAUGUUAUGACCUCACCCACCACCGACCGUCGUUGCUUCAACUGCAACCGACCGGGACACUUCUCCCACGAGUGUCGCCAACCACGCCGUGGCCGACAUCUGCUCGUGGUACUGCUUCAUCCCCUGCACCCCGCUUUGCGCAUCCCGUUGUCGCUCGCGCAUGCGGCGGUCGCGAGUUUCCUCGCGGACGGGGAAACGGGACUCCUCACACGAACAGCAGGCCCUGCCUCGGACACAGUGAUUCGGUGUCAAAUCGGAAGACAACCUUCCCGCAUGUUGUCCUGCCCCAGUCGUAUCUCUGGGUACGACCGUUUGUUCCGCGUCCUCAUCGACAGCGGUGCGUCGGAAAAUUAUGCCCGACGCGCAUCGAUUCAGCUGUAUCGUUCCAUCUACCAUGGCGCCACCCGGCUCGCAUCGCCGCACUCCGUCGUGCGUGUAAAGAUGGCUGAUGGCAAGGUUGUCGCCUCGCCGAAGGUCCUUGUCGACCUUCCCACGUCGGUGGGAGAUUUUGUCUCGACCGAACAAUUCUACGUCAUCGACCUCGAUGACCGCUGGGAUUUGUUCCUUGACAUGCGAUGGUUGGAGAAACACCAACCCUGGAUCGAUUGGCGAUCCAAGACCAUGCGCAAGAUCGCAUCCGUCCACCCUUCUACCGACCUAGGCGUGAUGAGUAAUGAUCUCACUCCAUUUCACGCGUCCCAUCGCAUCGGCUACGAGGCUGGACGUACUUCCGCCACGUUUGGCGAUGAUUCGAGAACCACCAUGAACGGCGAUGCCGCCACGUUUGGCGAUGAUUCGAGAACCGCCAUGAACGGCGAUGCCGCCACGUUUGGCGAUGAUUCGAGAACCACCAUGAACGGCGAUGCCGCCACGUUUGGCGAUGAUUCGAGAACCACCAUGAACGGCGAUGCCUGCGACCUGUCCGAGUUGCCGCUGACUGCCGCUGAUAUCACUCAGCUGCCAGAGAUGAGCUAUCUCUCUUUCUCCCGCGCGCUCCGCGGGAACGAUAACAUCAGCAAUGCUUUCAUCACGGGGAGCCAGGAGGUGGACCUUCUGAUUUCCUCGACAACCGACGAUCCCGUCGAGGAGGAUGUGUCUCGUCCUUCCUCAUCGGUAUGGAAGGAUUUGGAAUCGAACCCAUACUACGACUUGGUUCAUGAGUUCCAAGAUAUCUUCCCGGACAGUGUUCCGGAAUGCCUCCCCAAAGACAAAGGGGUACGGCAUGACAUUGACUUGGUACCGGGCGGUGCGUCACUCGACAGUGGCCAUUUCCGCGCGACCAAGUCGCGUACAUUGACGAGCUCUUUGCUGCACGCAAGCGAGCCGGUCGUAUGCGGGAGAGCAAGUCUCCGCACUCCAGUCCCACUUUCUGUGUGA